UGUCAGUAUUUACACUUUGAUAUAAAGCUCCACGUACCACUUACCAGGCACUUGCCACGGCCACCUUCAUUAGUGCUGGAAGAAAACAAGAUGGCUUCUCUUCUCGAUUCUUACGAGCAGCAGUACAGCAAUGUCACCGCCGAAAUUACCAACAAAAUCGCCAAAAUUGUCAAAUUAUCUGGUGGUGAAAAGAGACACAUGGUCACCAAUGUGGAAAAGCAGAUGGAAGAGGCAAAAGAACUGUUAGAACAGAUGGAUCUGGAAGUUCGAGACAUCCCGUCUAAGGAGAGGCAGAAGUAUGCCACAAGACUCAAGAGCUACAAGACAGAGCUGGGCAAACUGGAGAAGGACUUUAAGAAGGCCAAACUACACGGAGGAGCAGGCAGUAGAGAAGAACUGCUGGGGCCAGACGACCCUUCUCACUCUGAGGACCAGAGAACACGACUGUUAGACAACACAGAGAGGUUGGAGAGGUCUGGUAGAAAGCUGGAGGCUGGAUACAGGAUGGCAGUAGAGACAGAACAAGUUGGAGCCGAUAUAUUAGAAAACCUUCAUCAGGACAGGGAGAAAAUACAGAGGUCAAGAGACCGGUUGCGCGAGACUGACAGCGACCUGGGCAAGAGUUCACGUAUCCUGUCAGCCAUGAUGAGAAGGUAGAAUAAUCCAGAAUCGAAUAGUGCUGUUCGUGGUCAUUGCAGUUAUUAUCCUAGUCAUUGCGCUCACCAUAUACUUCAGCACUAGGAGUUAGUCCACAUAGCAACAGUGGGGAUGUGAAUCAGAUAUAGCACAAUACACUAACUACCUAAUGCACAUUGGUAUUUAUUGACAUUACCUGCAGAAUAUAAUUGAUUGGAAUAUCUUACAUAUUGGGACUCCAGUAGACUUGACUUUAUGUGUCAUCCUCUUCAGAUGAAAUAAAUAAGAGAAAGAAUAAAAUUCUUGUCAUCUCAAAAGAAAUAAAUUUACUAAAAGUACUAGAAAGCAAGACAAUAACAAUCUAUGAAAUCAAAGUGUUGUGGUCUUUGGCUUUAAAUUGAAGUAUUUGUGUUGUUUUGUCAUAACCAAUAUUGUUUACAAUUAUGUUGUUUUGACAAAGAAAGAUGGACUAACACAGCUGAAAAGAUCUUGAAUGUACUUGUACCUUUAAGAUAGUUUUGCAUGAUUGCAAACCUUAUUUAUUAAGACCACUCUUCAGACAUUAUGCAAGUUGUUUAAGCCUAUAGUUAGUCUAUGUUCAUGUGAAUUUAUCAUUGUUAUACAUGUAGGUUGCUGUUCUGCACUUAUCAAUGUCAUUCCCAUUAGGAGGAGGGAGAUUUUGUUUGGCACAUAGUAAGAGUUGCACAAAGAUGAAGAUUGACUAUAAUGUAUAUCAGAAUCAUUGACUUGAUGAAUUCCCCCUGCGUGUCCCGCUAAGUUCUGACAAUUUUGCUAAAAAAAUUAAGAAAUAGAGUAAACGAAAUGCAUUUCUGUACAAAAUACCUUUCUCUGUGUAUCCUAGAUGUGUAUGAACUGUAUGGAACUUAAUUGUAUUUCAGUCUCGCAUCACUAACAAGGCCAAGGCAACUUUGCUUACAGUGCAAUUGAGUAUGAUAAUGUUUUACAGUAUGGAGGAGUGACAGUUCCAUUUCUGUAAAAAGCUGUAUGUUUUGAACUUUUUCCAGUGACUUCCUUCAGCACAAAAACAUUAUUGUGGCAUAUUUGAGAAGGAUAGAAUUUGUUGUAACAUAUUAUAAACCAGAUGUAAAGUUGAAAGGAUCUGUUGUGAGGAAAUGGAAUUUUUAUGCAGUAUCUAUUGUGAUGGAAACAUGAUAAAGUGUUAACGGUGAGGGU